AUAAUCAAGGGAGAUCAUGGCAAGUUAUUUCUUUCUAUAGGAAUAACACAUUCAACGAAUCAUGGAUGAUUUGGCAAACAUUAACUGUCCGAUUCUCUUUCUCCUUGCGCUGCCAGCAACCAUUCGGACUGGGUCCACGAGUCACACCGGAGUGCCAGUUUCAGUGAAGAACCGGUAGACCGAAGUUCCGCUUUUAGCUAACGUCACCUCUCGUAAUGCAUUUGGCUCGCACUGACAGCUUCUGUGAAGUAUCUAGCCAUUUUAGCUAACGUCACCUCUCGUAAUGCAUUUGGCUCGCACUGACAGCUUCUGUGAAGUAUCUAGCCAUUUUAGCUAACGUCACCUCUCGUAAUGCAUUUGGCUCGCACUGACAGCUUCUGUGAAGUAUCUAGCCAUUUUAGCUAACGUCACCUCUCGUAAUGCAUUUGGCUCGCACUGACAGCUUCUGUGAAGUAUCUAGCCAUUUUAGCUAACGUCACCUCUCGUAAUGCAUUUGGCUCGCACUGACAGCUUCUGUGAAGUAUCUAGCCAUUUUAGCUAACGUCACCUCUCGUAAUGCAUUUGGCUCGCACUGACAGCUUCUGUGAAGUAUCUAGCCAUUUUAGCUAACGUCACCUCUCGUAAUGCAUUUGGCUCGCACUGACAGCUUCUGUGAAGUAUCUAGCCAUUUUAGCUAGCUGUGAGGCAAGUGUGUCAGCAUUUUAAGCACUGUAAAUGCCACAAAAACAUAGUUAACUAGCAACGCAUGAGCGCUUGAUAAGGCAGAAUGUCACCUCUUGAACAGUAGUGUUUGCUUCACUUCAAGAACACGACAGCUGGCUCUAACACAUGACUUGUGGAGCCACAUCCGGAACCACUGAUGGAACGCUACACGUCAGAAUUGGUGGUGGCAAAGGACGGACCAAUGGGAAGGACGGACCAAUGGGAAGGAUGUUUACCUCGCGUCUCAACAAUGUGUCGUUCCGAUUCAGAUUUUGGCGUUGAUGAGCAUCUGAUUUAUUCUUUACGAUUGAUAAGGAGGAAGCUGAGCUCUGUUCUGGUUGCCUGAGGACACACCUGCUGUAACACUUUUACCUGUGCUGUGUGAACCUUGGCCUAAGGGAGUGUGUCACCUGAGGCAGGACAGCGGGAUUCUUCUCAACCUUCAUCCAUCGAUCUACAACACUCACUUCUUGAAGUCCAAGCUAGCCUGGCUGCUCUCUCCCUCUCUCUGUAUCUAUUCAUCAAUCCAACCCUCCUUCACACUUCUCCAUGCUUCUGGCCAAUUAUGUCCCUCAGUAAGACUCCUGUCUCUCCUUCCCUCCGUGAUCCAUCUCUCUGUCCAUCUGCGCCCCUCCUGACCGCCAGGCUGGAUUUCCUGCAGAUGAAACACUUGAAGAGGAAGAGGAAGAGUAACUACAGCGUUCGUGAGACACAGACACUGAUCCGGGAGAUCCACAAAAGACGAGACGUGCUGUUCUCCCGCCAGCAGAACACCGCCAUCAACGAGCUGAAGAGACGAGCCUGGGAGGAGGUAGCAGGAGGCGUUAACUCACUGGGAGAAGGCGAGCUACGCACAUCUUCAGAGGUGAAGCGACGUUACCUGGACUGGCGGUCGCUAAUGAAGAGGAAGCAGCUCCAUGCUGAGCUGUCUCUCUCCACAGGGCUGAAGGCAGAGUAUGAUCCGUCCUCCCCUGAACACAACGUCUCACUGGGCUCAAGGGACCAAUCGCUCGACCUCUCUAGCUUUCCCAAGGAGUCCCAGUGCGACUGGCAGGACCUGGCGGAUCUUGGAGAGCCCAGUGGACACGCAAUGUCUACAGGGAUUAAGAUGGAGGAGGAGGUCAAUGGAUACAGGCUGGAGGGUGAUAGCGGAGAUGGUGAGGUAGAGGAGGAGGAUGAUGAUGAUGAUGACGAUUGUUUCCCCUCCCUCCUACCCGACAUGGGAGAGCGCGAUGUACGUAUCCCGGAAGUCUUCUCACACAUUGGUGAGUUUGGAAUGAUCAGCGCCUCAAAGGGGACGGCGACCUCAAUAAAUCGGGACCUCUCAUUGGGCGGAAUGGGCUUUGCUGGGUUAGGACUGGCCAAUCACGAGGGUAUGGGACUUCUUGUUGGUUUGGAGAAGCAGCGUGUGGAACUGGAGAAGCAGCGUCUGGCUGUGGAAACAGAGCGGCUUGUGGUGGAGAGAGAGAGACUCCUACUGGAUAAGGAGAGACUGAGUCAGUUGGAGGUGGAGAGGGAGAGAUUGCAUCUGGAGAGGGAGAGAUUGCAUCUGGAGAAAGAGAGACUUCGGCUGUUGCUCAUGAACCAAUCAGAACGGGCUUCUGCUCCCCCCCAGCAAGGCCCUCCCUCCUCCUCCACUCCUACUACAUCAUCUUCCUCUGCUGUGGAUGGACAGAAUGAGAGAAAUGAGAAUAAACCCUGGCUUUCUAUGAUAGAUCUGGAGGGUGAGAGACUGAGCCUAGAGAAGGAGCGACUGCAGUUAGAGAAAGAGAGGCUGCUGUUCUUUAAGUUUGAGUCUGGACGACUGCAGAUAGAGAGGGAGAGACUAGAGGUGGAGAGAAUGCAGCUUCACCAGGACCAGGGUCAUUGAGAGAGGGAGGAUAGGAUUGCAUCAAAUAACAUUUUGCUACAUGCUUCGUAAACAACAGGUGUGGACUAACAGUGAAAUACUUAUGGGCCGUUCCCAAUAAUGUAGAGAGGAAAUAGAGAAAUAAUUGAAAGAUGAUGAUGAUAAUAAUAGAUACAUAAUUAGAAAUGAAAAGCUUUGUUAUAUACAUGGGGUACCAGUACCAAUUUGAUGUGUAGGGGUACAAGGUAAUUGAGGUACAUACAGUGGCAAGAAAAAGUAUGUGAACCCUUUGGAAUUACCUGGAUCUCUGCAUAAAUUAGGCAUAACAUUUGAUCUGAUCUUCAUCUACAGUAAGUCACAACAAUAGACAAACAGAAUGCUUAAACUAAUAACAUACAAAUGAUUGUAUUUGUCUUGUCUUUAUUGAAUAGAUACUUUUUCCAACCUACACUAAAUGUUUAAAUUAUGUGAACCUCUAGACUAAUGACUUCUCCAAAAGCUAAUUGGAGUCAGGAGUCAACUAACCUGGAGUUGAAUCAAUGAGACGAGAUUGGAGAUGUUGGUUAGAGCUGCCCUGCCCCAUAAACACUCACAACAUUAGUUUGCUAUUCACAAGAAGCAUUGCCUGAUGUGAACCAUGCCUCGAACAAAAGAGAUCUCAGAAUACCUAAGAUUAAGAAUUGUUGCCUUGCAUGAAGCUGGAAAGGGUUACAAAAGUAUCUCUAAAAGUCAGUCCACGGUACAACAAAUUGUCUAGAAAUUGAGAAAUGUCAGCACUGUUGCUACUCUCCCUAGGAGUGUCCGUCCUGCAAAGAUGACUGCAAGAGUACAGCUCAGAAUGCUCAAUGAGGUUAAGGAGAAUCCUGGAGUGUUAGCCAAAGACUUGCUAACUGCUAACGUCUCUGAUGGGUCUACAAUAUGUAAAACACUAAACAAGAAUGGUGUUCAUGGGAGGACACCAUGGAAGAAGACACUGCUGUCCAAAAAAACCAUUGCUGCACGUCUGAAGUUCACAAAAGAUCACCUGGAUGUUCCACAGUGCUACUGGCAAAAUAUUCUGUGGACAGAUGAAACUACAGUUGACUUGUUUGGAAGGAACACACAACACUGUGUGUGGAGAAAAAAAACACAGCACACCAACAUCAAAACCUCAUCCUAACUGUAAAGUAUGGUGGAGGGAGCAUCAUGGUUUGGGGCUGCUUUACUGCCUCAGGGCCUGGGCAGCUUGCUAUCAUCGAUGGAAAAAUUAAUUCCCAAGUUUAUCAAUACAUUUUGCAGGAGAAUGUAAGGCGAAUCUGUCCACCAAUUGAAGCUCAAUAGAAGUCAGGUGAUGCAACAGGACAACGACCCAAAACACAGAAGUAAAUUAACAACAGAAUGGCUUCAACAGAAGAAAAUACACCUUCUGGAGUGGCCCAGUCAGUCCUGACCUCCACCCGAUUUGAGAUACUGUGGCACAACCUCGAGAGUGGUUCACACCAGACAUCCCAAGAAUAUUGCUGAUAUGAAGCAGUUUUGUAAAGAGGAAUGGUCCAAAAUUCCUCCUGACCAUUGUGCAGGUCUGAUCCACAACUACAGAAAACGUUUGGUUGAGGUUAUUGCUGCCAAAGGAGGGUCAGUCAGUUAUUAAAUCCAAGGGUUUACAUACUUUUUCCAACCUGCACUGAGAAUGUUUACACGGUGUGUUCAAUAAAGACAUGAACAAUUAUAAUUGUUUGUGUUUAUGAGUUCAAGCAGACUGUUUGUGUCUUGUUGUGACUUAGAUGAAGAUCAGAUCAAAUGUUAUGACCCAUUUAUGCAGAAAUCCAGGUAAUUCUAAAGGGUUCACUUAGUUUUUCUUGCAACGGUAUGUACAUAUAGGAAUAAGGUGACAGGUAGUGAACAGGAGCAGCAGCGUGUGAUGAGCAUUAAGGGAUAAUCUACGAGAGAAGUGCCUGGAAGAAGGGUCAAAUGAGAGGGGAGCAGUGUGGUCUUUAUCUCAGUGUAGACUGGCCAGGUGUGAGCCUCGAUGAGCAGUCACCUCCAUGGUCCACCUCUCCUGUCUGUCUCAGACCGCUCCAAUAGCUUGUUACUGUUCAGCUUGAUACACAAUAGCUGAAUAGCUCAACCAAUCAGACAGUACAGCCAUCAAACUGACCUUCGAUCAACAGGGCGUCUUCAUCCUACUCCAUGUUGUUGGCAAAAGGAUGUUAUCCAGUUUUAUUUCCUGUAGAGGCGGGAUCAAGAUUCAAAAUGCCACUCAGAGCCGCUACCAAUCACAUUUAAAACAUCUCCCUGCCAAUCAUUCUGUUAUGCUUGUGGACUUUGUUGCGUUAAAAUAUGGAUUAUUUCAAUUCAAAUGAGAUGUUAAUUGAACACAUAUAAUCGGUGUCUACCACAGGAGGUUGGUGACACCUUAAUUGGGUAGGACAGGCUUAUGGUAAUGGCCGGAGCUGAAUAGUGUCAAAUCCACCAAUCACGUGGUUUCCAUGUGUUUGAUGCCAUUGCAUUCACUCCGUUCCAGAUGUUAUUGUGAACAGUCCUCCCCUCAGCAGCCUCCACUGGUGUCUACAAUGUGUGUUUGUUUCAAGUGAGUGGUUGUGUACUGGGAGAAACUGUUGUUUUGUGUAGCUCAGUACUAACGUCCAUGUACUGCACAGAAAGUGGACAUAAUGUAGAGUAGCUGUAAACUCAAAGUACAGAAUGCUCUACAGUAUACUACUGUAUGUGACUCAAACCAAUGUCAUGUAAGGCUUUACAGAGAUUUUACUUUAAUUUUACCAAACCUUUUGUCUUUUUUAAUGGUGCUAUUUUGAUUGUGUGUUUGUGGUUUAGUACUACGGUGGAUUGUUCUAUAUUAGCUCAGUCAUCCAAGGAAAGAGUUGAAUAUCUCUGCAGGUUCAGUCUAUUUUAAGAGAUGAGAAAAGGAUAAUGUUGCCUAUAUGCUUUCUGCAUCGCCUUUAAGACUCACAAUAAAGGAUAUAAAUUUAAGUGUUAUUUCUGCCUGUUUUUUUUGAAUACAUCUGGAGUGAACCCACAUUCACACUUAAAUCAGCUGAUAUACCUCCAUCUCUCACAAACACAGCAGGCAGUUCAACUCACACAGACUAGGGUUUUUUUCUGCUUUGAGAUGUUCUGUUGUCUGUUUCUGCAAGGAAAGACUAUGAAAGGAUGUGCUUCAGCUGCUGACUGGUUUAGCCGUCUACCUCAUUCUGUUUUAUAAAAUGGUCCUUUUUCACUGGUGAAACGUGUCUACAAUAAAUGAACAAUGAAAUGUG